AUGGCCGCUAAGUUCUGCUACAAAGCCAAAGUCGUCGUCUCUGCCUCCAUCAUAGCGUCGUUGAUCCAAAGCCUCCACCGCCGAUCCCGUCCGGUUUCGCUAGCCGAGUACAUACCUGUCGCCGCCAUAAGUACUCCCCCAACCCUUUUGGUCGUCGCCGACGGAGAUAGAAGAGGGGGUUUUGGAUCUAGAAUCGGAGCGAUAGGUGCUAGAUGGUGA